AAAAGAGAGGACAGACAAUCAUCAUAUGGCUGGGAAGUCCGACGUCCACUGUUAAAGCCAAAUCUUAACUUCAAAUUAAAAAUAAUGGCAUUUAUAUAAACUGGCUUCCAAAACCAGUCAAUAAAAGUACUUUUCCUCUCCAAUAGAUUAGGAAGGAGCCGGAUGUUGCCUAUCUUGACAUGUCUAUCUACUUUGUUUUUGAGGGUCCGUUUCGUGGACGAGGAUACUGGAUCAAUACUGCCGUUUGCUGGCCAUUUGGGGUACUACAAGUAUCAGCUUGCUUUCUGAUCUAUUAAUACCUACAGUUGUGUUGAAGUUGUGUUCGAGCAACAAUCGUGUGACUGUGUCCACAAAUGAAGGGCAUUUAAUUUGGAGUUCUGUUUAUGAUAUUCAACGUGAAAAGAAAGCAAAACUGGUUAAAAAAUAAUGAGAGUUUUUGCUUGACCUCUGCCAGGACCCCUGUGACUCCAUGAGGGUGCAUCUUGUCAUAUUCAAGGUAUCAUGUCAAAGGACACAUUUCCGUUCUCUUCCACCUCGCUGCGCUCUCUGAGACUGGAACAGGAGUUUCAGGAGUGGGAGGAUGCUCGGCGAUCAUUGGCUCACAGGAGAACCAUGACCAGGGCCCCGCUGCCCCGAGCCCCAAGGCCUCCAACGAGGCAGCAAGGGCAGCGUCUUCAGGAGGUCCGGGCCCCUCCACCGCAGGUCCGGUGCAGGGACACUGCGAUCCACAAUACUUUCAUGUGUGGGGAUAUGAAGGGAGUGUAUGCAGUGCUGAAGGACCCUGGGAUGGUCAAUGCCCUGAUGGAAACAGUACAUGAGGAGAUGAUAUGGGCUCCAGAGAUGGGCAUGUGGACGCUGAGCUCCAAGGUGAAACAAACUUCAGCACUACGACUGGCUUCCAGCAGAGGGCACACAGGAUGUGUGGAAGAGCUGCUGUUCAGAGAGGCUGAGGUGAAUGCAGACCCUGGAGGAAGCACAGCUCUCCACGAUGCCUGCGCAGGCGGCCAUACUGUCUGUGUCCAGUUGCUGCUUGGCCACGGAGCAGAUCCUGAAAAGCUGUCUGAAGACGGCAGUGCUCCUCUUCACCUCUGCACCUCUGCCCAGUCAUUCCAGUGUGCUGCGUUGCUGUUGAAAGGAGGCGCAGAUGUCAAUGUGAGGAUGAGGGAGUCGAGGCUCACACCACUGCACACAGCUGCUCGGCGAGCCCUGGAGGAGCACGUGGAGCUCUUCCUCAGCAACGGAGCAGACAUAUUGGCCACAAACCAGGAGGGGGAGACCCCUUUGAACGCUGCGUGUUCAGGCGCUGAGAGGCCCUCGGAGGCAGGCCGUUAUUUGCGUGUGAUUCAGAGCCUGUUGGGUGCAGGAGCCGACCCCAGAACUGCAGGCAGGAAGCAGCACACACCCUUGCACAAUGCCUGCGCUAACUGCUGCCCUCGGAUUGUAGACGUCCUCCUGCAGCAUGGAGCCAAGGCAGAUGUGACCAACUGUGCAGGAUACACGCCAAUGGACUGUCUGUUACAGGUGGUUGAAGAUUACCCUGAUCACCAACCGGAAGCAAUAGCACGGUCACUCCUGAACCAUGGAGCGAAGCCAGUUUUACCAAAGAUGUUGAAGCAGUGUGUCCUCUCUCCUGCCACUCUGGAGGUGAUGUUGAACUCGUAUACAUCCAUCCCUCCCUGUGAUUGGAUGGACUGUCUGAGUGCUGAUAUAUACGAGGAGCAUCGCUCUUUCUUCGACUUGGUGCGUCAGCGGAGCACUCUGCCACGCUCUCUGCAGCAUCUCUGUAGAUGUGCUUUGCGUCUGUGGCUCGGACCCCGGUGUUAUUCAGCUGUCAGUAAACUGGAAAUUCCCAGCUCUUUAAGGGAUUACCUGCUGCUGUGUAACGAUGGGACACUUCAGUGACUUAUCAUUUUUAUCAGUUUAGUUCUUCUUUAAAUUCAGAUCUACUUUUGAUUGCAAUAAAAUGUUGUUUCUUCUGAUAUUUCUAACUUGAGCUUCACU